GUGCCACUUUCAGGUCUCCUCACACUGCUGGUGUGUUCCAUUUUUUGUCAUAGGGUGCUGGCAGAUUACGGGCCUCCCAUAGCUGCUGCCAGGCCCCUAAUCUGCCAUGGGCCCCUAUACCGCCUCCUCAUGCUGCUGCCAGGUCCAGAGUCUCUCAUGGGUCCCUGUACGGCCUCCCAUUGCUGCUGUCUCCAUCGCCACACUCUGCCAUGUGCCACUUUCAGGUCUCCUCACACUGCUGGUGGUUUCCAUUUUUGUCAUAGGGUGCUGUAUGGCCUCCCAUUGCUGCUGCCUCCACCGCCACACUGUGGCUCCACACUCUGGUUUUGGCCCCGUGACUGCCCAAAUGAGUGAAGUGUGCGGUGAUUCUAAGAUCGACGGCACUCAUCUGCAUGUCAUACUG